GGUUGUCGGCGUGGUGCGCAUGCGCGGGUGGCAGACCGCCACGACAGAUGCCGCUCGCGUCGCGGCCGCCUCGCCCGCCGCCCAGGGCGCCGGCAGCGCCUGCAGAGCCGCGAGGGUCGCCAUGGAGUGCGGAGGCGGCGGCGGCGGCGGCGCCGGAGGCGGCGCACGGCAGCAGUUGGUGGAGGGCGCGGCGCAGCGCCUGGAGCACAUCGUGCGCGCCGCCGAGGCGUCGGUGGGCGCGGGCGACGUGGCGCGGCUGGCCGGCACCGCGCAGCUGGUCGGCGGCCGUGCGGGGGCGGGCGUCGCUGCGCUGCUGCUGCCGCUGGCCACGCUGCUCGUGCUGGUCGUGUCGGCGCUCUACUGCGCCCUCUGCUACAACAGCGACGAGGUCGUGGCGCGUAUCCAGGCCGUGGCCGAGGGCCACUGCGGCGACGUCACGAAGCUGGCGUCCUGAGCGGCCGGCACCUCACCUCGGCCACAGCUCAGCCGCCGCCGCCCUAAGGACUCGUGCCGCGGGCUGCCGACUCGUCAGGGGCGCCGCCUAUCGACCCGCCGCUCAGCGCAACGCAGCACUGCGCGGCAUGGCCGGUAACUCCAUUUGGCGGGGCGAGCCGGGCCGGCCACUGCCGCGGAACGACGGGACGCCGUGUCUCCAGGCGUCCUCGUUCCGGCACUUCACCUCCGGCUCUUCCUCAGCUCUACCCCACCAUAUCAGCACUUCAGCCAAAGUCCUCCUCUCCCACUCAACUUGUAUCGUUAGUGAUUUCGGAUACAGAAUGCUCAAAAACUGUUUUAAAUCUUUGUAAGGGUGUUGUAGUGUAGACUCUGAAAUGCUUUGAGGAUAGAUGGUACUGAGUAAUAAUUAAACAGUAAAAAAUUCGAUACGUUACGCCGAGUUAAUUACCAUUGAAAUUAACCAAUCAUGCCUGUGCGAGCACAAACUGAAGCGACAUCGGUGGGGUCCAACAUGGGCUCCGAUUCGUUCCCUAAAACCGAAGAAUAGAAUUGGCCAUGGGAUGGUAGUAGGGAUCGAAUCCAAGCCAAAGGCUGAGCAGUCUCGUAUGCUAUCCCCUUACGCUACGAGAAGUGACACGAAUAGUAUCUGGCAGAAGCUUCAAUGUAUAUACGCGCAGUUGCCUGAUUCGAUAACUUCAAAACUAAUUAGGUCGAAAACGGUGCAACUUAUCGAAUUUUUGUUAAUUAUUUCUCGGUACAAUUGACCCGGCAACGCCCUUACAAAUUUUUCACACUGUUUCUGACCAUCCUGUAUUACUGCUGAUUUCCCAACUUCCGAAAUCUAUGCUGUUUCACCCCUGCCCAAACACUGGCAAAGAAAAAUACGUCUUUUAAUUGCAUUCUUAGUGAAUAAGCGUAAAUCGGAACUAUGCCGAGGGGAAUAUGUACAAUGGAUGUGAACGUUUGUAAAUACUGUGCUAAAAAUGUAAGCGAGUGUGUUUCAUAUAUAUAUAUACCAAUUUGUGACCAUCCUAUAUUAAUCCUGAUUUCCCAACUUCCGUAACCUACCCUGUUUCACCACUACCCAAACAUUGGGAAAGAAAAAUACGUCUUUUAAUUGCAUUUUUAGUCAAUAAACGUAAAUCGGAACUAUGUCGAGGGGAAUAUGUACAAUGGAUGUGAACUUAUGUAAAUACUGUAACGAAAAUGUAAGCGAGUGUGUUUCAUAUAUACAUACCAAUUUGUGAAAGAAAGUGUAUUUUCUUGUACAUUUGACAUUCAGUUAGAUUGCUCAUAAUAAAAUAUUUAAAAAAA